AGGGUCGGGAUUGGGAUGUUGGAAAAAGAAACACACGACGCCAAAAUAGCAAUUGGGGCAGGCAAAACUUCCAAGGUCCAACUUCAUAGUCAAUUCCAGAUCGGUGCCCACCCUUUUUGAUAAAGACAUUGUUGGGGAAUUAGGGUUUAAGGAAGCUUUUGUUUUUGGAUCAAAUUGGAGAAUCUGAGAUUAUGAUUUACAUGUCGGCUCAGUGAUUGUGAGAGAAUUGGGUAAAAUGAAGAUAAGUUAUACUCGAAUUGACACUUUGAAGCUCAAAGCUUUGAUUGUUCGGAAGGUUGGUCAUCAGAGAGCUGACAAGUACUUUGAUCAGCUUGGAAGAUUAUUGAGUUCAAAGAUAAGCAAGUCUGAGUUUGACAGGAUUUGCCUUGUGACAAUUGGGAGGGAAAAUAUCCCUCUUCACAAUCAAUUCAUUAGGGCAAUUCUCAAGAAUGCUUGUCUGUCUAAAGUCCCACCUUUGAGGGGCUCUGCAAGAAUAGGGAGUCCCUGCAGUGUAAAAGAUUCAAAUGGGAAGCAGAGAAGCUCUAUUCAAACACCGAAUGGGGACACACUUCCUCCAUCCUUGCGGAGGGGUGGCUCUUUGGUUGCUCGAGCCCGCAAGUUUAAGAGCCGCCAAAAUGCUUUGGGGCCACUGGGCAAGCCCCAAAGUCUUGCAUCUGAAGAAUUGAUAUGUAAGACACAAGAGCAGCAGAGUGCAACAGAACUGAAUUCCCUUGGCAGUAGACCUCCUAUUUCUGUUGAAGAAGGAGAAGAGGUUGAACAGAUGGCUGGAAGCCCCAGCAUCCAAAGUAGAAGUCCAGUUACUGCUCCUCUUGGUAUAUCCAUGAAUUUUGGUUGUAGUCGUAGACUGCAUUCUAAUGUGUCAUUAUGUAGCAAAUAUUAUCCAGAGACCUGUCACAGCAACGGAGAUCUCCCUGACACAAGAUCUUUGAGGAGUCGUUUGGAGCAAAAGUUGGAGAAGGAGGGUUUAACUGUGACAAUGGAUUGUGUAAACCUAUUGAAUAAUGCACUGGAUUCAUAUCUGAAGAGGUUGAUUGAAUCCUCUAUGGAUUUGGCUGGGUCAAGAUUUGGAAACGAGCACCUAGGUCAAAGAAAUGGACAGUCUGUAACUGGUUCAAAUGUAUUACUACCUGGAAGAUAUAUGCAAACAACAAAACCUGCUGGCGCAUCUGUCUUCGAUUUUCGUGUUGCAAUGGAAUUAAAUCCACAAGUUCUUGGACCAGAUUGGCCCAUACAGCUUGAGAAGAUUUGCAUAAGUGCUUCUGAAGAAUGAAGCCUUUGUUAUCAUUAGAUCAGAAAUUUACUAUUAGAUGAAAUCAGAGGCAGGAGUUAGUUUCCCCACAUUUGUUGAAAACUUUGAACGUUGAACUGUUUACUUCAGCUGACAUAACUUUGGAUUUUUCUCUUAUCCUGAAGUCACAAAAUUGCGAAAACAGAAUAAACUACAGCAUUUUAGAUAUAGAGAUUGAUGAUUGUUAGGGAGUGGGUCCUGUUAAUACAAAAAUAUGUGAACCUCUACAUUGGAUUAAGAAGUUCAUUGUUUCAUGAGUGUAACACCAUUCGUAAAUGAUAUCCAGUUCUUUUUCUUGUUUCUAUCUUCAUUUCU